UUUUUUUUCUAGUGUUAUUACCUUAAAUCAUUUUGCAUCCGUCACUUCCCUGUUCUUUUUUUUUUUCCCCGUCCGCUUCAUAUUUUCUGCACAGAUUAAUUUUCGCCCCUCGGCCGCAUACCUGCAUUUCUCGCCUGCGUCGCCUUGGGUCGUGUCCGGUAAAGCCGGCGCCAACACUCUAGAGGGAGAGCCGCACCGCAGAAAAAAACAACAGGACGUGCCCCAGCUCUUGAGACGCUGCCGACCAUUGACUGUGUCUAGACCUUUUGUCUUGGCCGAGUCAAAGACGCCGCAUCGCAUUCGCGCGCGCGGCCGCUACCCUCGACCCCAUCUCUCUCCACUUUCGUCCCGUUCACCCACCUUGACUUGGGUACUGGCACCUGCCCCCGAAUACUGGGGUUCGGGUACUUUCUCUUGUCCAGACCACACACCUGGCAGGCGUGAUCGUCAUCGCCCGUCCUCCCCUCCUAUCACAGCCUAUCGUCUCGCCCAACAGCAACACAGAAGAAGACACCGCUGCAUGCACUGCAAACCACCACCGGGUAUGACCCCAGAUCGCAGGACUGCCACGAGCGCGUCUUCGACCGCCCUCUCCCCCGGCUCUGCGCCACCACCGCCCUCGUCGUCGUCGUCGUCGUCCGCGCCGACAGCAGCAACACCACCACCGCUACCAACAGCAGCAGCGACGCCAUCGUCGCUCGCCUACCCGCCAGCUAGCAGGCCUUUGCGCGCAAGCCCUCCCGUGACCGCCGGCGCACCAAAGAAUGCGAUGGCCGCCUCGCCCUUCCUCCCGCAGCCGCCCUCGUUCAGGCCGAGCGUGACGACCCAAUCCGCCUUCGCGCCCCUGUCUGCCACCACCCCGAUCCAUAACCCCUUCGAUCGCGACUCGUCGCUCGCCGUCGGCGCGCCCUUCGGCCUUGCCGCCCCCAUGACCACCACAUCGCUGCUCAUCAGGCGGCUUCCGCUCAACACCUCGGAGGAGUCGAUGCGCCUGAUGCUCGUCUUCUCCAAGGACCUCGUCGACGUCCAGGUCCUGCCCGCCGAGCAGUCCGAGGACGCAGGGUUCCGAUGCGCCAUGGUCAAGUUCAAGUCCUUCUCGGGCGCGCAGGAGGCCAAGAAGAUGUUGGACGGCAAGCCCAACAUCUCCAACGACGCCGAGAUGGUUGUCGAGAUUGUCGGCGGCAGCCCGCCACAGACAAACGGCAGGAGGUACGCGACCGGCGUAGAGGUCGCCGGCCCCGCUUCCACGGCCUCAUCGACCACCUCGUCGGCCACCUCGUCGCGCCAGCCGUCGCGCUUCAACGGCGGCGGCUUCUCAUCCAUCGAGGCCAUGUCGCCGCCCAUGAACUCGUCCUUCGCAAGCGAUCUGUCCGCCUCCGAGACCAGCAGCCACUUCCAGAGCAUAUUCUCGCCUCAGUCGCCGAUUGGCAACCACCUAACGGACCGCGCACGCGUCUCUGGCAAGACCCUGAUCAAGGACGCCGCCGACGACGACGAGACGGGCGAGCUGCUCAAGGACCCCGUCGCCUAUGCCGAGAACGGCGCCAUGGGCUCGCAGUCGCGUCGUGCCACACAGCCCCAGAUCCCGCCCAUUUCGCGCAUGGCUGGACUGUCGCUCAACACCAACGGCCACUCCAUGGUGCCGUACGGGUCCUCGUCCAUGGGUCCCAUGUCGGCGCAUCCCGCGGCGAGCAGCGCCAUGUCCCCCAUGACGGGCACCGCACCGCACCCUGGAUACAUGUCGGCGCAUCCGGGGUUCCCGCGCCCCAACUUCCCGCCGGUCAAUCCGGCGGACCAGAAUCCUCCCUGCAACACGCUCUACGUCGGGAACCUGCCCAUCGACACGUCUGAGGAGGAGCUCAAAGCAACCUUCUCCAAGCAGAGGGGGUACAAACGCCUGUGCUUCCGCACCAAGCAGAACGGACCCAUGUGCUUUGUCGAGUUUGAGGACGUCUCUUUUGCGACCAAGGCCCUCCACGACCUGUACGGUCACAUGCUGCACAACAGCGUCAAGGGUGGAAUCCGCCUGAGCUUCUCCAAGAACCCGCUCGGCGUGCGCUCGGGCCAGAACCCGACCCAGGGCACCAACGGCGCGAGCCAGCUGUCAUCGAUGAAUGGUAUCAUGGCUGGUCCUGGCGCCGGCUUCGGCGGGCCCCCACCAGGCCUUUCAGCUCCCCCGGGACUGGGCGGCAUGACCAACCACCGUUCAGCCUACGCGCCCUCGACGCCGGUGACGAGUCAUGGAACCGGGUCGACGUUUGCGCCGCCCACAAACCCAUGGAACUCCCCCAUCUAUGGUAGCACCAUGACUGCCGGCGGGCCGGCCCCGGUGGCCGCCAACGGUGGCGGAAACGGCUUCCCCUCAUUCAUGAUGGGCCGAUAGGUUACCGCUUGCCGCCAGAGUCGAGCAUCGCCUCGGCGGCAGAGUUGCCUUGUCGAUUUACUGAUUACUGUCGUUUCGUAUCUUCGGCCCAAUGCCGUCGCCACACCCGGGACGCUCGCUCACGCGUCAAACAAUAUUCGAUUCGGUCGAUGGCGAGUUCGGCUCGUACCUUGACUCCUAUCCGCUCUUGCCCAACCUUGCCACACAAACAAGGGUCCAUCAUCAUCCUAGCAUACUCACCGCCGCCCAUGCGCUCGGCUUAGUGUUCUUACAUGCAUUCGGCAUUGCAUGGCACCCUCCAAAUCACUCGGCCAGGAUCUCAUUCAUUCUGUUUGCCAUCUUUGUUUUACUUUCCAAUUAUUUUUUUCAGGGGCUUGUUUCCUUCUCACCAUUUCCUGGUUCACACCUUGCAGCAACGGCGAAGCACGAUACGGCUCAUAACAUGAUUCCCCCCAUUGGCGAUGUUUCGUUUUCGGGAUGGAGUUCCGGCAGGGUCAAGGGGUUGAUUUUGGUCUCCCCCGGUUUAUCAUUUGUUUUUCUUUUCUGUCUUCAUUGCACCUAUCAUCAUCUGUUGUACCGGCUCCUUCUAUCCUUUGCGUGCUCCCCAUUGACAGGCGUUUUGUUCAUUUUGACCAACACAAUUUUAUGGUGUUACUCGCACGGCGCAUAUCUCCGUCGUUUCGAAGGCGGACAGCCCGAGCAUUCUCCGGGGCGUCGCACAAACCCGCAGCCGAUACGUGUCUCUGUAACGCACGAAACCACGGAUCUUCGGCCGGCCAGACGCUUUCGUGUCCUACUCAAGCUAAGUUUGACCACGGAGCCGUUGGGAGGUACCAGAUUGGAGAUUGGUGUUGCCAGCACCUCCUCGCUCAGUCUCCCGAGGCAAAAUACCAGGCACCGUGUCUUGUCAACAAGCGAGGGGAAGGAAUGUGUGACCGCCAGGCUGAAGACUUGGGUUUUAUUUGAUUUUGCGCCUUCAGACGAGCCCAGUCACCAUAACCACAAUCAUUAUCGCCGGAACGGAAGGAAAAGCGGACUCAAAACAAAACCUCGAGAAGGCAGAACGGGGGUUCCACGCAAAGCAUACGGCUCCCCCCGCUUCUGACAGCAUCUGCUCUCUUGCUUUUUUUUCGACAACAACGACAAACAAGGAUGGAAAAUAACAAAGAAAAAGAAGGGAAAAAAAAAGUUUCCGUGAGAGAACGUGAGACAAAAGGAAAGAGAUGGAUGGGAGACCUUGUCUGGCAAGGUGCCUCCACUUUCAUCUUGGGGAGUUCUCGCAUGGUUGGGUUUUGGCUUUCUAAGCAUCUUGCUGCAACGGGAGGGAUUUACUUAUCAGCCGGGCCAAAGGGUAACUUUCGGGUUUUGCACAGCGGGGGUAUUUAGCAUCGUCUCUCUUCGUCGUUCGUGUUUCCUCUUUUUUUCUUUACUUUAUACUGUUCAAUUGCACGAUAUAAAGGUGACCGGCCAGGGGCAGGUUGAUGGCGAUGGGAUGCCCCUCUAUCCUCGUGGUUGGGCGGGCGAGCGGCAAUGGGGGAGGCGGGUCUGGUUGGUCGGCGAGACUUGCAUCGAGGAGGCCCUCGGGCUCUAUUCCCUCUCAUUCUCUCAUCGCGAAGCCCACGCGCCCCGCCUGACACCCACCGCCCCGACGCCACGCUCGGUAUCCUGCAGUUCUUUUUGUCAGGUGUUUUCUUGGGACGCGACAUGUCAUUAGUAAGUCUGGGGAAAGCAUGGUAUUUGCUUCAGGUUGUUUUUUUUUCGGGUUUUUUCUUUCUUUCUCUUAUCGUACCUAUCUCUCGACCAUCAUGCCUACCGUCGUUCCCUCGAACCGACCCCUUUUUUCUUCCCCUUUAUCUAUCAAUACUACUAUACUUGGCUUCAAGGGGACAACUGCGCUUUGCUCUUCUUCUUUUUUUCUUCUUUUUUUCGUCUCUUUU